AUGGUGUUUAAUUGUUGUGGCCAUGACCGCGGGAAAAAAGAAACGGCCGAACCGCGGGAAAAUGAAACGCGCGUCGUAGCAUCUUCUGAGUGGAUAACGAAUCAACUUCAACUGGAAGAAUGGACAGCGACAGCGAGCGAUCGCUCCAGCAGCUUCAAAGAUAAACCUCUCACCACGCUCGAGACUAAUGGCGAACUCUUUCCCUUUCGCUUCCGCUCUCUCGCACCAUCUCGGAAUCGUCUCUGGGUCUGUCAGUUGUCUACUAAACGGCAGCUCCUGGCGCUUCAUCACUACCCUAGCGCCAAAUUCACUUGCUGCUGCUCUUCUUCUUCUGGGAACCAUGGAGUGGGCUCGAGAUCGGGAGAAAGCCCUAGGCUUUUUGGGUUGAAAGAAGCGAAUGGUGUGGCUUGUGGGAUUCUUGCUGCUUUGGCUGUCACUGCUGCUGUUGCCUCUCCUGUAAUUGCUGCAACUCAGUUGCUCUUGUUGAUUUACGGUUUAUGCUUUGACAAGAAAAGGGUGGGAGAGUAGAGAUUGAAUGGUUGUUGAGUUGAGGAAAAGGAAUGAUUGGGAACACUCCUAAGAAAUUAUGUUGCCAAAAGAGGGGAAGAGGGCUUACAACUUACAACCUUCCCUCCAGUGUUACUGCUUUCUUAGUUAGUUGCUGUCAAUGUCCUACAAUGGUGUAUUGAUUCAAGUACCUUGUUUUGAGGCCGGGUCUGGUUGCAUGACUGAGGAAUGAGGAUCCUGCUUUAGUAGUUUGUUUUCGCGCCGUCACUGCAAUGUGUUGUGUAGAGGCUACCCCCAUUGUCAACGGAACCAAAUCGAUGUGAGAAGGCCUAUGUUGGGAACACAAUCGGUCAAGCAAACAGUGUUUAUGACAAGCCGAUCGAUCUUAGGUUCUGUGAUUACAGUAAUGACAAGUCCAAUCUUAAAGGGAAAUCACUUGCUGCAGCCCUAAUGUCGGGUGCCAAGUUUGAUGGUGCGGAUAUGACAGAAGUGGUCAUGUCCAAGGCUUAUGCUGUUGGAGCUAGCUUCCAAGGUGUGGAUUUCUCGAACGCAGUUCUGGAUCGUGUGAACUUUGGUAAGGCCAACCUGAAAGGGGCCAUUUUCAGGAACACGGUGCUAUCGGGUUCCACGUUCGAGGAAGCUGAACUGGCCGACGCUGUGUUUGAGGACACCAUCAUAGGUUAAAUAGACCUACAGAAGCUCUGUACAAACACGUCGAUUACUCCGGAUGGAAGGCUGGAAUUGGGAUGUCGAUGAAACUUGCUCUUUUUCUACCCUCAUGACAUUGUUUAUUGCUGUCUGCCUGUCUCUUAUGUAUUCAAGAGUACAUGUGAGUUCCUGGAUCCAAGCUUUGGCAGUCACACCUGGCUGAUACCAUAUUUCUGAGGCAUCUAUUGUAUAUGGAAGUUAUUGAUUCAUUGUGCGUUAUAUUUCAAUGAUUAAUUCCAUUUGUUCAUCUUCAUUAA